CACAAUAGUAUGAUAUAGGACAGGGGCAUUGCUUUCAGAGCCAGCAUGUCAACUCGUAUGUUCGAGCGAGAGAGCUCUCUCUGUUUCAAUUCAGUCGAUUUCGAGCGGGAGGGCUUUGAUGCCGACUCCUUCGUGUCCAACCAUGGCCGACUGAUGGACCUGGACUCUCUACUGGGAGACCUCAGGAGCUACCACAACAAGAUCAAACAGAGUCUGAUUGAGGUCAUCAAUUGUGACUAUGAACACUUUGUGGGUCUGUCCAAGACAUUAAGUGGACUGCAACCAGUGAUUGAGAGAGUGGAUUCUCCAUUGGUCAGUGGCACUCAAAGCUGCAGAAAGAGAUCCGACUUGGGAGACAAAGCAGAGAGAGUGAUAGAAGAGAAGAGGCGUUUGAGUAGUCGCAAGGAACAACUGAUGGCACUCAAGGCAGUCUACACAAUCCUCGCAUUCCUAGAACACAGUCUGUUCGAUCGGGAGUCUGGUCAGGGUCGAUCUCUUUCCCUCGAGGACAUGGGAACCCUAAAGCGGCUGUCACUCCAGCUCAGCAGUCUUCACUCGAAGGUGGCGGCAUGUGACCCUGAGACUCUGAGCGAGACUGUGGAGGAGAGAGUGCGACAAGUGGAGCAGCACCUGCUCAGCCAGCUGGGAUCCUGUCUGCAGAUGAGUGUGGCCUCACAGGACCACCAAGCACUGCUCUCCCUUCUCCAGAUCUAUUGCACCAUCGAGCGCAUGAACUGUGCAUACCAGGUAUACAGGAGUAAGUUUGUGCAUCCCUAUCUGAAGGACAAACUAGUGAUGUCUGCAGGCCACGUGGACACCAACUCUCUCCAUUCUCUCUUCCAACACAUUCUCGACUUCUUCCCCCAAAAAGCACUAUUUCUUGCUACUGCACUCAACAAGUCAGCCCAGUUAUCGUCAAUUUCUCGUCCAGGAAGCGAAACUACGGGCGUGGGAAUGGGAAGGAGGUUCCAGUACGAGGUGGAGGCUGUGUUUGCAGAGGCAGUGGAUCUUCUGCUGAAGAACUGUGGUCAGCUGUUCAUGCCUGUCAACUGGAGACAGUUCGCAAUGUGCUACAAACAGUGCAUGCUGUUCCUCAACCAAUUCGAAGAACAAGUUCUGCACAGUGAGGAGCAAGUGAAUUUGCUUCGGAGGAGUGACAAGUACAGACGCCUAUGCGAUAAGUGGAGUCUACCAGUCUACUUCCAGCUUGUGUUCCAGGAAGUAGUGUCCAAAGUCGAACAUGCCAUGUCUGCCCAAUGUAGAUACCUACUAUGCGAAGAAAAAGUCAAUGAUGGAGAUAACAAUGGAAUGAGUCUGGAAGUGUCGCGAGAAGUAGUUAAGUGUGUCCAAUUGUGCUGGGGAGAGGAGGCCUAUGUAAACACUUUAUGUCACAAGUUUUUGAAACUCACCCUCCAAAUCUGUCUUAGAUACAUUCAGUGGGUGCAACAAGCCACGCCUAAUUACACUCCUCCUCAGUUUCAAAGUAGCCAUCAGCAGAAUCAGAAUAGUGCGAACACAGCCACAGAUACAAAUGUUUCUGUAAUGCAGCCUUCAGAACUGUCAUCCAAUAAUGUCAACAAUAAUUUCACUACAUCUAUAUCAAAUUCAAAACAGGCAGACACUAAUUCGAAGGUUAGGACGGUAGAAACCUUGGAUAAACUGGUCAUGUGCCUUAUCUCAGAUGUGACUGCUUUUCUGGCCGUAAUGCAGACGCUUUUUGACCUGCGCAUUUACAGAGAACUGAAACAAUGCAAAGUUAACAGGGCGUCUGGCGAUCCUUUUGCUAGUAUCAGGACACAACUGAAAAAGGAGCUGGACGUUCUGGUCCAGAAGGCUGUUCAAUCCAUUGCGUCGCAAUUGAAGGAUAAAAUGCGCCCGAUAGGGGAAACACCGCGACUUUAUCGCAAGACUAACAGAGCACCGCCUGAAAAAGAGUCUGGUUAUGCUAAGAGCGUCAUGUCGCAUUUAGAGACGGUCUUCGAGGAGCAACUGUCUCGAGUUGGCCCAGAUUGUUGCCGAGAUAUGUUGCAUGAAGUGGCCGACCAGCUGUGCGAAGAAAUGAGACGGCAAGUGGAAGAAAUCUGCUCAAGUGUCGAGAAGAUAGAACAUAGUCUGAAGAAGAUUAGAAGCUCUAGGAAUCUUAAGAGUUCCAAAGACUUAAGCAGCUUAGCAUCCUCUUCAAACCUGGCGAGCGGGGAAGCAACGGGGGAUUCUGCUGUUUUUCUGAGCGACUCAGAAAAGAUAUACCUUCAACUUUAUAUAGAUGUGCAAUUCAUAAUAAAUCGGCUGAGCUCACUUGGCAAAAUGUGUGCGACUGAUUUUCAAGAGAGACCAUCAUGUGUUGCCUUGGUUAAACAGAUCGAGUUCGCGGCUCCUCAAAAACUAAAAUCAAACUUGACCCGAACGAAAGAAGAGCUUUAAUUAUAUCCGAUGUACAUAUCUUGCAAUUUUACGAAAUUAUGUAUAUAUUCCCACUAUUCAUGGUCUGUGGGAUCAAUUCAAUUGAGCUAUUGGUAAAUUCGUUUUCCUUUGCUAAUCAUGCGAAUGUAGAAGCUGUAAUUUUGACAAUGUGAAGUGUUUUCAAAUUAAUUAAGAACCAAUUAUAUU